UCAAAUAAUUGCACUCUCUUCACUUUAGCAAAAAUUUAUCUAAUCUCGAGGUACUUGUUUAUUCGCAUCGAGGCGAGACUUCGAAUUCCCACAGAAAAAAGAUUGUCGAAAAGUCACCAACAUUUUCCUGCUUUCAGCCCCUUAUUGCGCCAGUAAAAUGGUCCUUAGAUGAACAGAAUUCAAGAAUGACAAUAACUCCACAAAUAAUGGAUAUAAAUGAAGACCAAAAGCCUAGAUUUUUGGUGUACUCCAAGAUGGAGAAGUUGAUACAAGACAUGCAACAUCCAGAAACGGGCGUCAGUGUUCGAUGUCAGAAAAUAUUUCUUACCACCAUACCCUGCGCAUUCACCGGGCUGGACCUGGUUGAAUGGUUGUCACGGCGACUUCGGGUAUGUGACAACAACGAGGCAAUACAUAUCGCAACACACCUAUGCCAACAUGGGUACUUUUUCCCAGUGACAGAAAUGCGUAAUCUAGUUGUUAAAGAUGAUCAAACUUUAUACAGAUUUCAGAGUCCUUACUUUUGGCCAUCACAGAAUUGGCAACCAGAUAAUGUAGACUAUGCCAUUUAUCUCGCUAAACGAACACUUCGAAACAAACAAAAACAUGGCCUCGAAGAUUAUGAACAUAGCGCAUUUAACAAGCUUCAGAAAAUGUUAUGUGAUAAAUGGGAGUUCAUAUAUAUGCACGCAGAGGAGCAAGUCAGGUUAGCAAAGGAUAGGAAGAAAGCUGACAAGGUUGUGCUAGACAGUCAAGAGAGAGCAUUUUGGAGAGUCAAUAAACCACCUCCUGGUAGCAUUAGACUGGGGGAAGAGGGGGUCAGAAGGAACCACAAACCAUCUCAGAUGAAUCUCCGCAAGAAGAAAAAUUGCGAAAGCUAUAAAAAAGAGAUAGACUACCUACAACAGUGUACAACAAGACCUAAAAUGAAGACCUCAAAAGCAACAGAGAGUUUGUUGGCAAGAUGUGAGCAGUUUAGUGAACAUGACCCCUGGUUGGGUGGGGCUCAACCAUCGAACCCCUGGGUGACAGAAGACACAACUAUGUGGAUGCUCAACACAGUGUUGGUGGACAGCCCAACUGAGAGACGUGUCAAAAGAUGGGGCUUCUGCUUCAAUGAACUGCUGUCAGACGCCACAGGAAAACAUGAAUUUGAGGUUUUUCUGAAAAAAGAAUUCAGUCAAGAAAAUAUCUGGUUUUGGUUGGCGUGUGAAGAUUUGAAAUAUUCACCAAGUAGUAAAGUCCAAGAAAAAGUUAAAGCAAUAUAUAGGGAAUUCCUGGCUCCUGGUGCGCCUUGUGAGAUUAACAUUGAUAGCAAGACCAUGGAGAAAACCCAACAGAAUUUACAGUCACCUUCAAGGUUUACGUUUGAUGAAGCUCAGGCCCACAUCUACUCCCUUAUGAAGAAGGAUAGUUAUGCCAGGUUUCUACGUUCAGACCACUACAAGUCUUUAUUACUCAAUGCUCUACAACCCAAUUCUAUUAAGAAAAAGUUCUCAUUAGCCAACGUAUUUCAAACGAUGGGUCGGAGAAAAAAAUCAUCCCCGAUGUUGCUACGGCAACGUAGUCACAGUUUUAAUGACCUGAAUGCUGGAUCACAUUGGCAACAGUUGCGAAUAGCAAGAUCUGGGGUGGAUGCUUUCUCAUCAUCAA